AUGGCCGAAACCCCUUAUGAAAUUACAAGUGAUGUCUCUGAGCUGGACCCGGAGUCGGCUGUUUUGGUGCCAGUUCAACAGCGCAUAGAGGCGCAAUUACGGAAGCAUCUUCAGGAGGUGUCACAGCAGCUUUAUGACGUGAAAAAUGAACUUGUUACGGUUCAGAAGGAACGAGAGGAAUACGGUGUGGAACUUUACAAUGCCCAACAGCACCUAGCCAAGUUACAGGAAACUUUGGAGACGCACCAUGAAAAGCACGCCUCAGUCCAGCAACAGUACGAGGAGAAGUUACAGGAGCGUGAGGAGCUUUCAACCCAAGCAGAGAGCCUUAGAAAAGAGAUUGAAGAUCAUCAGCGACAGUACGAGCGGCAACAAGCGGAUCUUUUGAAACUAACCGAAACACUUGUUAAGGUGAAACAAUUCAAUGAUCAGCUUAAAAAUGAGGUUCAGGUUGAGCGUCGUGCUGCCUACAAGACUGAAGAAGAUAUUACAAAUCUAGAAAGGGAAAAAUUAAAGCAAGAUAAUAUGAUUGAUGCCCUUGAAAAGAGAGUAAUAUUUGUUGAAGAAGAAGUGACCACGGUGGAUACACAGAUUAAAAAUCAACAAAACGAGACAAAACAUGCGAGGGAAAUUUUGGCCGAGGCACUGGCGGAAAUGGAGGCAAUCAAUUUUGAGAAGAAACAGUUAGUGCAGCAGUGGAAAAGUACUCUUAUUGGGAUGCAGCGUCGCCAUGAAGCUAUGAAAAAGACGGAAGAAGCUCUGCAGCAACAAAAAGAUGACCUACAGGCCCUUGAGAAUGAGAUAACAGGUUGCCGAAAAGAUAUAUACAGUGUUCAAACGGAAACGGCAAAGUUAACGGAGUUUAUGUCACGUGUCGAUAAUGAAGUGGUGGUCCUUGAAAAGCAAAUUGAUGCUCUGGUAGAGAGAAAGGAGAAAAGCGCUCAAGCAUAUGCAAUGCUUAAAAAUAAUCUGGAGCAAACCGAUGUCGAAACCAAGAAACUAGAAUAUGAGGCUCGUACUCAUGCGUCUGAAGUUACAGAUAUUGACAGGAAAAUUCAAAAAUGUGCAAAAGAUAUUCGCUCCAUGGAGAAUGAUAUUAUUGAAUCACUUAGUAAGCAGACUACCCUUAAACAAGAAGGUCAUGGCACGUUACAAGAAAUUGAGAAAAUUAAGGAGUCCAUUAGAGCUAAAGAGCUUCAGGUGACAGAAAUGGAAAAUGAACUUGCUCGUAUACGAGUGGAUACUCUACAGGCCCAGCUACACAAUGAGACAUUAAAAACCACAUUGGGUGAAUUGGAGAGGGAGCUGCGAUCUCGUGGUACAAUGAUUGAACGAAUGCAAAUGGAUAUACGUCGUAGACAUGAUGAAAUUGAUAGAAAACAAAAGCAAUUGGAUCAACUUAACCAUCAAUAUGAAGAAUUGGUGGCUGCACAAGGCUCGGAUAAAGGGGAACAUGUUGGUCCAUUAGAAGCUACCAUUAAUAGUUUGUCAAAGGCUAUUACAGAAAAGGUAAAUGAAAAUGAGGCCCUUCAGCAAGAGUGGAUUAAACUUCAGACCGAUUUGGUAAAUUGCAAGAACAACGCAAAUGAGGUAAAUGAAGCUAUUCUUGAACUCCAGGCAGAGGCUACUGUUUUGACUCAAAAAAGAGAUCGACUUUUGGUAAAUAUUACGAAGGAAAAGGAGGAAAUUACAAAUUUGGAGAACAAAGCAAAUGCAAUGCAUAUCGAGAUGAAGAAGGUGAAUACGCAGCUCAGCAAAAACUCUGCGGAUCAAAAAAAUGUUGCUAAUGAAGCUUUUCUUCUUGAAAAUGACCUUAUCCUACGACUCCAGGAGAAGAAGAGAGAGGCUAUUGCGCUUGAACUCAAGCUGGGAGAAACUCGACAAGCCAAAACCGAUAUACUCGAACAGAUUAUGAAUUGUGAGCGGGACAUCUUGUUCUGGGAAAGGAAAAUACAGAUUGCGAAAGAAACGGAAAUGGCACUUGAUCCAACCGUUGGAAGGGCAGAGGUUGAGAAAAUGAAGAAGGAAAUCGGAAUAAUGGAGAAGCGUAUGAAUGACCUUCAACGUGAGCAACGUUUUCUGAUUGAGGAAAUGCAGAGGUCGAUAGAUCAUCGAGAAAUCAUUCGAACAAAGGGUCAAGCUAUUCAAACUGCGACCAAAAAGAACAAGAGAGGGGCUACAAGACUCGAUGUAGACAAGGAAAGUACAAGAAUGUUUAGGGAACUCAAUGAAAAGAGACAAGAGGCACAACUAAAGGAAAGACUUAUCCGAGAGAGUCUCGCCGCGAUUGAGAAAAAGACCAAUGAAAUUGAAACUACUCAACGUGAGGUUGAGAACCUCGAUGAGCAAAUAACGGAACUUCAGGCACAAUUGACUGCCACACAGAAAGAAAGUGACCAUUUGGAAGAUGAGAAGAGAAUCAAAAAUACAACUCUUCAACUCCUUCGUGAUGCUGAAAGAGGCGCGUACAGGUUAUCAGUUAGUCCGGAAGAGCUGAAUAAUGGGGUUACCCAGCUUGAAGAAAAACGCCAAACUUUGAUGGAGAUUAUAGAAGAUCUAACAAGUCGAUAUCCUGAAUUGGCGGAAGACUUGUCUGGUGUUGCUUCAACGCUUUCCUGA